AACCUCAUGAUUCCUAGUUGGAUUUGUUAACCGAUGUGCCACAACGGGAACUCCUAAUGCUGUGAUUUUAAAUAAGUCUUUUAGUCAUCUGAAAGGACCAUCUUUUAUUCUAAGGUUAUGUCCUUUUGGCUUAUUUUGGUAUUAAAUGCCCCCUCCCCGAUAGAUGUUUUAUAGAUAUUCACAACAUGUCAAGAUAAAAAAUCGACACCCUUACUUUGGCUUCCUCAGUCAUAUGGGAAUAAGGGGGUAGGGUUGAAUACUCUACUUACAUGAGGUGCCAGAAUUCUGGGUGUUGCAUCCACAGUAGGAAUCUUCUCUCGUGUCCUUGACAGAUGGUCUACCAGCUACUGCCCAAGAUCUCCAGCAAUAAGUCAGAGGCUACAGCUCUAAAGCAGUCACAGUGCCCUUUCUUCUUUGGGAAGGGAUCAAACCUGUACCACAGCAAUGAUAACACCAGAUCCUUAACCCACUGCACCAUCAGGGAACUCCUACAGUGUCCUUUUAUGUUAUAGUUUAUGAUAUACCCUGCCUGGCAGUUCAAUAUAAUGAAAAGACUGUGGGUUUCUCCUCUAAAUAUUUUUUUUUAUGAUUUUUAUUUUUUCCAUUAUAGUUGGUUUACAGUGUUCUGUCAAUUUUCUACUGUACAGCAAAGUGACCCGUUCUUUUCCUCCCAUUAUCUUCCAUCAUGUUCCAUCAUAAGUGACUAGAUGUAGUUCCCUGUGCUAUACAGCAGGACAAAUAUUAUUUUACUUUGGGUACUUAAGGCCAGUCACAAGUGGACGCAAGUGUAAACACUCAGCCUAUAUUAGACACUUGGGAAUUGUUCCUUGCCUUCUCCUUUCCCAUCUAUAGCAUCUGUUCACUGUACCUACUUCUCGUCUCUGCUGUCUUCUUGGAUCUCCAUGAGACCUUUUCCAGCUCUCCUUCAUCCCUUCCAGCUCAUCUUUUCCAGACCCAGAGAGCCUGGGUUUUUGGCAGCUCCCCUCAUCAGAGUUUCCUCCUUCUGUUUGGAGGCAGACCACAUGAAAGCUCUUUCAUUAGUUCAUGCAUUCUGCUGGGGCACCUCAUAUGUGCAGCGUCAUAAUAGUAAUAAUCCUUAUGUUCACAGAGGCCUCUGUAGUCUUCAGAGUGCUUUCCUACACGCCAGUCCUGCGGCAGGCAGCUAUUUCCCUCUUUGCCCAUGAGGAACUUGAGAGCCUUUCUAAGAACAAACAGAUAUCAUUUAAUUUUAGAAUUGGGAGGGCUUUGCAUACCAUGCCAGCCUCACAUCCCAGCAGAGAAACCGGAAACACAGAAGUGUCAAGGGGCUUGGCUUAGGCCACAUGGUCAGUGUUUGGCCAUGGUCCUUGGGGAUUGGGUUCCAUUUUGAACUCUGGUGUUGGCCUAAGGGCGGAACCACUGCCCUGUGCUGCCUCGCUGCUGUGCAAUGGGUGCAGAGAAGCAUCAAGCAGAUAAAACAGGGCUCCUUUGUGCAAGGCAUUUGCAAAAGAUUUGUUUUUGCCUUCCUGUUUAGUUUCUUACAGUUUUCAGCAGCUGAAAUGAUGAUGGGUACAAACUUGGGGAAGAAGGUCCAUAUGGAGUGGCACUGUUCAGGGGGAGGAUAUUUUAGAGGCUACUUUGAAGAAAAUUAGAUUAGGUUGUAGCAGAAGAGUGUAGAAAGCUUUCCCCUGGUGAGGGGUCUGGAGCAGUGUUCCUUAAAAUGUCUGUGCUGAUGGGCCAGUUUUGUUUUUUAAAAUUUCUAAUCCAGUGUGGCUUGAUACUUUUGUAAAAUAUAAUGGCAAUUGAUUUUUGGAGAAAUAAAGUGAAAACAAGUGGAAAAAUACAAACCUAAAGUUUUUAUUUGAUUUAAGGCAUGAAAUUACUUUGUCAAGUUGCUACGAGGUGAGCUUUCAUUAUCUCUGUGGUCUCACUGUGUCUUGUUUGCAGAUUACACACUGGCCCCACGUCUUGAGGAGCAGUGCCCCACAUGAAUGAAAGUGGAAGCCUUAGUCCUUGGUGGCAGGGAGAACAUGGGCCUCAGGGGGUCUGGAGGAGGACAUAGAGCAGGGAUAUCAGUAUGAACAAUAUCACUCAAUUACCGGAAGAUGCAUUUAAGAACUUCCCUUUUCUAGAGGAGCUACGAUUGGCUGGCAACGACCUUUCUUUUAUCCAUCCAAAGGCCUUGUCGGGGUUGAAAGAACUCAAAGUUCUAACCCUCCAGAACAACCAGUUGAAAACAGUACCUAGUGAAGCCAUCCGAGGACUGAGUGCUUUGCAGUCUUUGCGUUUGGAUGCCAACCAUAUCACCUCCGUGCCCGAGGACAGUUUCGAGGGGCUCACCCAGUUACGGCAUCUGUGGCUGGAUGACAACAGCUUGACAGAAGUGCCAGUGCAGCCCCUCAGCAAUCUGCCAACUCUGCAGGCACUGACCUUGGCUCUGAACAAAAUCUCCAGUAUCCCGGAUUUUGCCUUUACCAACCUGUCCAGCCUGGUGGUGCUGCAUCUUCAUAACAAUAAAAUUAAAAGCCUGGGUCAACACUGUUUCGAUGGACUCGAUAACCUGGAGACCUUGGACUUGAAUUAUAAUAAUUUGGGGGAAUUUCCUCAGGCUAUUAAAGCCCUUCCCAGCCUAAAAGAGCUGUUAUUUCAUAGUAAUUCUAUUUCUGUUAUCCCUGAUGGAGCAUUUGAUGGUAAUCCACUCUUAAGAACUAUACAUUUAUAUGAUAAUCCUCUAUCUUUUGUGGGGAACUCGGCAUUUCACAAUUUAUCUGAUCUGCAUUCCUUAGUCAUUCGUGGUGCAAGCAUGGUGCAGCGGUUCCCCAAUCUGACUGGAACUGUCCAUUUGGAGAGUCUGACACUGACAGGUACGAAGAUAAGCAGCAUAUCCAGUAAUUUGUGCCAAGAACAAAAGAUGCUUAGGACUUUGGACUUGUCUUACAACAACAUAAAAGACCUUCCAAGCUUUAAUGGUUGCUAUGCUCUGGAAGAAAUUUCUUUGCAACGUAAUCAGAUCCACCAAAUAAAGGAAGGUACUUUUCAAGGCCUGACAUCCCUAAGAAUUCUAGAUCUGAGUAGAAACCUGAUCCAUGAAAUUCACGACAGAGCUUUUGCCAAGCUUGGGUCAAUAACUAACCUAGAUAUAAGUUUCAAUGAAUUAACUUCAUUUCCAACGGAAGGCCUAAAUGGGCUAAAUCAACUGAAACUUGUGGGCAACUUCAAGUUGAAAGAAGCCUUAGCAGCAAAAGACUUUGUUAAUCUCAGGUCUUUAUCUGUACCAUAUGCUUAUCAGUGCUGUGCAUUUUGGGGUUGUGACUCCUAUGCACAUUCAAACACAGACGAUAACAGCCUCCAAGACUACAGUGUGGCAAAGGAGAAAGGUUCCACUGAUGGAACAGGUGUCACAAGCAGUGUUGACAAUGAGGAACACAGUCAAAUCAUUAUCCACUGUACACCCUCAACAGGUGCUUUUAAGCCCUGUGAAUAUUUACUGGGAAGUUGGAUGAUCCGUCUCACAGUGUGGUUCAUUUUCUUGGUGGCCUUGUUUUUCAACCUGCUUGUCAUUUUAACAACAUUUGCAUCUUGUACAUCACUGCCUUCCUCCAAAUUGUUCAUAGGCCUGAUUUCUGUAUCUAACUUAUUCAUGGGAGCCUAUACUGGCAUCUUAACUUUUCUGGAUGCCGUGUCCUGGGGCCGAUUUGCUGAAUUUGGCAUUUGGUGGGAGAUUGGCAGUGGCUGCAAAAUAGCCGGGUUUCUUGCCGUUUUCUCCUCUGAAAGUGCCAUAUUUUUAUUAAUGUUAGCAGCUGUGGAAAGAAGCUUAUCUGCAAAAGAUAUAAUGAAAAAUGGGAAAAGCGAUCAUCUCAAACAGUUCCAGAUUGCUGCCUUUUUUGCUUUUCUGGGGGCUGCAGUAGCAGGCUGUUUCCCCCUUUUCCAUGGAGGGGAGUAUUCUGCAUCACCCCUGUGCUUGCCAUUUCCCACAGGGGAAACCCCAUCGUUGGGAUUUACGGUAACCUUAGUGCUCUUAAACUCCCUAGCAUUUUUAUUAAUGGCCAUUAUCUACACUAAACUCUACUGCAACCUGGAAAAAGAAGACCUUUCAGAGAACUCACAUUCUAGCAUGAUUAAGCAUGUUGCUUGGCUCAUCUUCACCAACUGCAUCUUUUUCUGCCCCGUUGCAUUUUUCUCAUUUGCACCAUUGAUCACUGCAAUCUCUAUCAGCCCUGAAAUAAUGAAGUCUGUUACGCUGAUAUUUUUCCCAUUGCCUGCUUGCCUGAAUCCAGUCCUGUACGUUUUCUUUAACCCAAAGUUUAAAGAAGACUGGAAGUUACUGAAGCGCCAUAUCACCAAGAAAAGCGGCUCUGUGUCAGUUUCCACCAGCAGCCAAGCUGGUUGCGUGGACCAGGAUUUCUACUAUGACUGUGGCAUGUACUCACAUUUGCAGGGUAACCUGAGCGUGUGUGACUGCUGCGAGUCCUUUCUGUUGACAAAGCCAGUGUCCUGCAAACACUUAAUAAAAUCACACAGCUGUCCUGCCUUGGCAGUGGGUUCUUGCCAAAGGCCAGAUGGCUAUUGGUCUGACUGUGGCACACAGUCUGCCCACUCCGAUUAUGCAGAUGAAGAAGAUUCCUUUGUCUCGGACAGUUCUGAUCAGGUGCAGGCCUGUGGACGAGCCUGCUUCUAUCAGAGUCGAGGAUUCCCUUUGGUGCGCUAUGCCUACAAUCUCCCAAGAGUCAAAGACUGAAUCCAUGUGUUUGUAACUGGUUCCCCCGUCAACCAAAAUCACAGUCUUGGUAGAAUGAACCUUAAUCUGAUGUCUCAUCUUGGAAGCACUUCUGUGAUCACUGCCUGGUGUCACUUAAAUAAGGAGAAGGUGGCAGUUUAUUUCUUAAACCAGACCUUUUCAAGGAACAAGUGCCUAAACUUAUCAGCUGAUGAAAAAAUGCAGUGUCCAAGCAAUGUGUAGUCUAUUCCAAACAAAAUUUAUAAUUGAAAAAGAUUUUAUGUAUCUCAUAGCAAUAUAAUUUUGGGUUUUUCUGAUCCAUAGGCAGCAAAUUUAUACCUGGUUUUCAAUUCAGCACAGGAUACAGAACAGCUGUUAAUAUUUUUUAAGAAUAUUUUAAACGGUGAUUUUAUAUAACUGAAAAACAGUCUUGCUCGUUUUACCUAAUGUCUCCCCAUUAAUCUCAGGACAACUUACUGCAGGGCCAAAAAAAGGGAUUAUUUCCCAGAUAGAACUAGGAGAGUAUAUGUAGGCAUUAUCUUCUUGCAUUUUCCAUCUUUGACAAACUAGAAUCAUCAAUUUUGCUUGUUUAAGAGAUUUAUAAAAUCUAAAACCCGAAGAUGUUUUUAAAACAAUAUUAACAACUGUCAGAUUUUCAAAGAAUACCUGAACACAUGUGUCUUCAGUCAUUAUACUUUGCUUUGUUUCAAUCAGAGUAAAUUUUUUUCUUCCAUUUUUGUGAUCACACAGCUAGGAAAAAGUAAAGCGAUAAUUGCUGCAUGAGUUUAGUAAAUUUGGCUAAACUACUAACAUGGGAUUUUAAUGGUAUCUGAGGGAUUUGAUGGCUUCCUGUAAUGUUCUCAUUGAUAAAACUCUUCCUAAUAUCAUUGGCUUUACUCGUAUAUUCCAAUUUUGUUGGUUAUAUUAUCUACCUAUAGUUCAAAUUAUACAGAAAGUAAAUUUUGGCAAAUGAUUUCAUUUAGUUGGAAUAAAUUGGUAGUAAUCAUGACACAAAGCACUUACAUUUACUUCUUAGCGAGCUGGAUUCUCUUAAACUUAGGCUAUUAUAUGGAUGCGUCCACACAUUUUUCCCCUUACUGUGAUUUACAGGAGCCUGUGCAACAGCUCAGAAAUGGUUCUUGUGAGACAAGACAAAUAUAUUACUAAGAAAAAAAAAAAAAGGAAUAAAGUUUGGGCCUCUGUCUUUAAAAAUUAAAAAAUUUACUUGAUUUUCAUCUAUAGACUUUUAACAUGUCACUAUGUGGAGUCUUAAAAUCAUAAAUGUUCAAUAUGUUUUUUGAACAACAUGCUAAAUCAAUAGCAAACCCACUGCCAUACUAGUUAUUCAGGAUAUACUAAAAAACAUUAAGCUAGAUUGCAGUUUAAUAAUUAAACUGUACAUAAUGUGCAUAUAAUGAAUUUUUAUCUUAUGUAAAUUAUUUUUAGAACACAAGUUGGGAAAUGUGGCUUCUGUUCAUUUCGUUUAAUUAAAGCUACCUCCUAAACUAUAGUGGCUGCCAGUAGCAGAAUGUUAAAUUGUGGUUUAUAUACUUUUUGCAUUGUAAAUAGUCUUGGUUGUACAUUGUCAGUGUAAUAAAGACAGAAUCUUUGUAUAUCAAAAUCAUGUAGUUUGUAUAAAAUGUGGGAGGGAUUUAUUUACAGUGUGUUGUAAUUUUGUAAGGCCAACUAUUCACAAGUUUUUUAAAUUGCUAUCCUGUUUGUAUAUUACACAUCUGAUAAAUAUUAAAUCAUAACUUGGUAAAAAAAAAAAUCUAGCUAAAAGUUUUUUUUCCUAAAAGUCAUGUUACUGAGUACUUUCACUGCAUUCAUUUAGAACAGAAGAUAUCUAAAAUAAUGUGGUAAACUACUCUACAUAUAGUAGGAAAUACAAUAUUGUAUGCAGUGUCUUGAAUUAUUAAAGUUUCUGGAAAGUGA